AUGCUGAUCGACCUCAACAUAUUCAAGCUCAUGAUCGGAGGCGAAACAAGUGUCCCUCAGCAGGCGAAUGACGUCAAUACUGGCACAUUCACAGACAUUUACGACGGGUGGACUCCUGCAUGCUCCCGAAUCACUGAGUUCAUGAGGGCGGAAAACUACAAGAACCCAAUCAGCAAAGACAAUACUAUCUGGAAGUUUGGAACAGGGAGCGAUCUACCUUACUUCACAUGGAUGCAGACACAGGACGAGCGACAACGCGCGUUUGCAAACCAUAUGAAGUUCAAGUCUAUCCGUCAAAAUUGGUAUGAUACGGUAACUCUCAAUGAAAUCUUCCCUGAGGAUUUCAAUCCCAAAGAAGUCUUGAUAGUCGAUGUUGGAGGCAACGCGGGCCAUGAUCUUCUGGGCUUUAGUCGAGCACACCCCAAGCAGCCUGGACGUUUGAUCCUUCAAGAUCUGCCGGGGCAGAUUCAGCCGCUUGACAAACAGGAACUCAGCCCAAUCGAACCAAUGUGCCACGACUUCUUCACUCCACAGCCUGUGAAAGGCGCCAAAGCAUACUAUCUCAAGAUGGUCUUGCACGACUGGCCGGAUAGUCAAUGUAGGGAGAUUCUAAACAACUUGAAACCAGCUUUGGUUCCAGGAUUCAGCAAGAUACUGAUUAACGAGAUCGUGGUUCUUGAUUAUGGUGCGGAUUGGUUCUCUACAAGUGUCGACAUGAUUAUGAUGAUAUUCCAUUCUUCGUGGGAAAGGCGGGAGAAACAAUGGCGGGAGCUGAUUGAGAGUGUCGGAUUGAAGGUGACUAGGAUCUGGCCUUGUGGAGGCGCGCCAGAAAAGCUGAUCGAGGUUGAGCUGGCCUGA